GUCAAAGUUCGGACGCCUUCAUACCCUCUGAGUCCUCACGAUCAUAGUAUUCUUCCCCCGAUACAGACGUUAUAAUCUCUAUAAAUGCCCACCGUUUCCGUAGACAAGGAGGAUCUCUGGGAGAGAUUAGGCCAGAAAUUCACUACGGAGGCCUUUGAUCAUCUAUGCUUUGAGUUUGGCAUUGAGCUUGAUGAGGAUACCACAGAAGAGGUAGAAGAGGCCAUUAAGAAGGGUCUGCCAGCAGAACGUCCUCAACUCAAAAUCGAGAUCCCUGCGAACAGGUAUGACUUGCUCUGCAUUGAGGGGAUUGCAAGGGCCCUACGGGUGUUCCUUGGAAAAGAUAAAGCACCACAUUAUCGGCUUGUCAAUCCGUCAGGUGGCGAAGCGAAUAUUCUACAGGUCCCUGUCUCGAAAGAAACGCAACAAAUCCGACCAUACUUUGCUUCUGCUAUCCUCCGCAAUGUCAAGUUCACGCAAAGAUCCUACGAAUCUUUCAUCGAUCUUCAAGACAAGCUUCACCAGAACAUCUGCAGGAAACGCCAGCUUGUGGCUAUCGGCACCCAUGACAUGGACACCGUGACCACACCCUUCAGGUAUGAAGCGAAGAACCCGAAGGACAUCAAGUUCGCACCUCUCAACAAAACGCAGGAGUACACUGCUGAGGAGCUCAUGAUGGUCUACGAAUCUGACAAAAACAUCGGCCGGUACCUUCACAUCGUCCGCGAUUCUCCCGUCUAUCCCAUCAUCUACGAUGCCGAAGACCGUGUGCUAUCCUUCCCGCCUAUCAUCAACUCAGAGCACAGCAAGAUCACGUUAAACACGCGCAAUAUCUUUAUUGAUGUCACCGCAACGGAUUUGACGAAACUGAACAUCGUCUGUAGUAUCGUCGCUACGAUGUUCUCUGAAUACUGCGAGGAGCCGUUCACAAUUGAACCCGUAAAGAUUGUAUAUCCCGAUGGCAAAGUACGCAUCACGCCCGAGCUCGAGCCUCGACAAAUGUUGGCCCACACGUCCUACAUCAACUCAUGUACGGGUCUCAAACUGUCAACGCCUGCGACCAAGGAUUUGCUAGAGCGCAUGUCCUUACCAACGGAGGCAUCGACCACCAACCCCGACGAGCUUCUUGUCAGCGUCCCCGCCACACGACCGGAUAUCCUUCACGAGUGCGACCUCAUGGAGGAUGCUGCCAUUGCAUAUGGUUUCAACAACCUCCCAGACACUUUCCCCGCCACCAGUACGGUAGCCCAACCGUUAGCUGUGAGCAAGCUCAGCGACAUCAUCCGUCACGAGUGGGCAUACGCCGGCUGGGUCGAGGUUUUACCUCUUAUUUUGUGCUCGCACGAAGAGAAUUUCGAAUUUCUCAACCUCAAAGAUGACAACGAGACCGCGGUCAAGAUCGGUAAUCCCAAGACGCUCGAGUUCCAGGUCGUGCGCACGUCACUCCUACCCGGUCUCCUCAAGACCAUUCGCGAGAACAGGUCGCAUGCUCUACCCAUGAAGAUCUUUGAAACUUCAGACGUCGUGUUCAAGGACCGCAAACGGGAACGCCAGGCGCGCAACGUCCGACACGCGGCCGCGGUGUGGUGCAACAAGACUGCAGGGUUUGAGGUCAUACAUGGAUUGUUAGACAGGGCGAUGCAGAUGCUGGAAGUGCCGAAGAUUGCGAGCACGGAUAAAAAGGCGCCGACAGGGUACUAUAUCAAGGAGAGAUCUGACCCAACCUUCUUCCCAGGCCGUGCUGCAUCCAUUUACUAUCGUGCCCCUCUCAAAGACUCCAAACAGCACCACGGCGGAAGCACGCUGGAACAUAUCAAGGACGACAUCAAAUCCGCUCUGCAUCCCCUUCAUCACCACCACGCCUCAGAUGUCGAGAUUGGAAAAUUGGGCAUCUUGCACCCUGAGGUACUGGAGAAGUUCGAGAUCGGAUACCCGUGCUCUGCGCUCGAGUUCACACUGGAGCCGUUCAAGAAGAAGAUGUCGGCGAUGUGGACGAACGAUGAGUAGUUAAUUCGGAGGCGAGCAGGGGGAAACGCACACUCGUGAUGGCUUAUGGUGGGCACGCGCGAAUGACGAUUUCUGUUGUAGGUUCAAGUUGGCAGUGGAUAGACUCGCAGAUAGACUGUGCUAAACAGUAAGCGGAAAAGCGGAAUGUAUCGUGUAAUUUCGUUGUUGUAAUUGAAUUGCAGACGUCGC